AUGUUCGGGGGCACGGUGCUUCGCUAUUGCGAGAAUCUGCACGCUCGUUGGAAUCUGCUCGAAAUUCGCGCAAUUUUCCUUCGCCGCUACUUGCUCCAGAAUGUUGCUCUCGAGUUGUUUCUGGCGACGCGAACCGCAAUUAUGUUCGCGUUCAAUGACGAGGACACGGUGAAGCGAGUCGUUUAUCAAUUGCCGAGAGUUGGAGUUGGCGUCAAAUAUGGACUGCCGCAAUCGCGAAAGACGUCGUUGAUGACGCCGCGACAACUAUUCAAACAUUCUGACAUGUGUCUGAAAUGGCAGAAGCGCGAAAUAUCGAAUUUCGAUUAUUUGAUGUUUCUGAACACGGUUGCCGGACGAACGUUCAACGAUCUCAGCCAAUAUCCGGUGUUUCCGUGGAUUUUGACGAACUACACGACGGAGACGCUCGAUUUGAAUGUGGCGUCGAAUUUCAGGGAUUUGUCGAAGCCGAUUGGUGCUUUGUCGGAAUCGCGACGCAAGUUCUUCAACGAGAGGUACACGUCGUGGAGCGAUGAUCAGAUUCCCGCGUUCCACUACGGCACCCAUUAUUCGACGCCCGCUUUCACGCUGAAUUGGCUUAUGCGAAUCGAGCCAUUCACCACCAUGUACAUCAAUUUGCACGAUGGCAAAUUCGAUCAUCCCGAUCGCAUCUUGCAUAGCAUCAAGGACACGUGGGAGCGAUGUCAACGCGAUUCGCACGACGUCAAAGAGCUGAUACCGGAGCUCUACUAUCUUCCGGAGAUAUUCCGCAACUCGAAUCAAUACGAGUUGGGGCAGCGCGCCGACGGCGAGAAGGUUGGCGAUGUCGUGUUGCCGCCGUGGGCGGAGAGCCCCGAGCAUUUCGUGUUGAUGCAUCGGCAGGCGCUCGAAUCGGACUUGGUGUCGUGCCAACUGAAUCAAUGGAUCGACUUGAUAUUCGGCUAUAAGCAGCGAGGCGCCGAGGCGGUUCGCGCCACCAACGUGUUCUACCAUUUGACGUAUGAGGGCUCGGUGAAUCUGAAGGCGAUCGAAACGCCCGGACAAAUGGAGGCGAUCGAGCAGCAGAUUUGCUCGUUCGGCCAAACGCCGUCGCAAUUGCUCGCCGAGGCGCAUCCGCCGCGUCAUUCGGUGAUGAGUAUGGCGCCGACGAUGUUCAAGCGGCUCGACGAUGAUUUGUGCAUGAUGAUGAAGUACAUUUCGAAUAGUCCGAUUGUGUUCCUCGCGGCGAACACGUUCCAUCAGCUGCCGAAUCCGACGGUCGUCAGCGUCGCCCAGAAUUUGGUGUUCUCGUUGAACAAAUGGGACAACUCGUAUAGUUACGGAAGCAAUCAGAGGAGCACGAUCAGCAUGGAUCAGACGCAUCCGGAGGGUCAUGUGGCGUUGCCGUUGACCGCCGACCCGCAAUUGGCGUCGGCGAGCACGACGACGCCGAUCGCGCGCCGCCACCUCGGCGAUUCGUUCGAUCAACGAUUGACGGUGUCGUGCUCGAACUUCGUGACGACGACCGACUCGCGAUUCAUUUUCGCGUGCGGCUAUCCCGACUACAGUUUUCGCGUCAUCGACACCGACACCGGCAAAGUGCGGCAGGCGGUGUACGGACACGGCGAUGUGGUGACGUGCAUCGCGCGAAGCGAGACGAGCCUGUUCAGCGAUUGCUACGUGGUGACGGGCUCGAUGGACUGCACGGUGGUGUUGUGGCACUGGAACGGGCAGCAGGGCGCGAUCGCCGGCGAGUACAAUCAGCCCGGCGAGACGCCGUCGCCGCGUUCGAUUCUCACCGGCCACGAGGCGGCGAUAUCGGCGUUGUGCGUGUCGGCCGAACACGGCCUGGUGAUCAGCGGUUGCGAGGACGGCGUGAUUCUCAUCCACACCACCUCGUCCGACUUGUUGCGACGCGUUCGCGGCGUCGGCGUCGUCACGCAGCUCGCGAUGAGCCGCGAAUGCGUUCUGUUGGCGUUGUAUGAUUCGCGACGGAUGACGACCUAUUCGGCGGCCGGCAAAAUGCUCAACGAGAUUUCGUGCGAGGAAAAAAUCGAAUGUGUGACGAUCACACGCGAUGGCGAGUUUGCGAUUGUUGGAGGAAUGAACGGAAGGAUUGCGAUUUGGAGGAUGUUCCCGUUGGCCAAGCUUUAUACCUAUCAGGCGCUGAACAGUCCGGUUCGAAGUGUUGCCGUUUCGGCGUCGCACCGCUUCAUUCUCGGCGGUCUCGAUUCUGGAGCGAUCGUCGUCUUCAACGCGGACUUCAAUCGAUGGCAUUAUGAGUACAAAAAUCGAUAUCAUCAUCAGCCGGAUAAGAAAAAAUAG